AUGGCAAUUGCUGUGACAACAGGGACGGGUCCCGAUGGUAUCGCAGCUCCCGGAAGUUCAGGACUCACGGUUCUCGUCAUUGGCUGUGGGUUUGGCGGGAUGGCAGCGGCCAUAGAAUGCUAUCAAAAAGGUCAUAAAGUUGUGGUAUUCGAGAAGAACCCGGAAAUCGGGGGACUUGGGGAUACUCUAGGAAUUUCGCAAAAUGGCACUCUCCCAAUCUAUAAAUGGGACAAUGGAAAGGUCCAACAGAAAGCCGCUGAAAUAUGUUGCAACUACACCACCCACAAGAUUCAUACCAGCCAGGGAGAAGUGCUCUUGAGUCACCCGAUGAAGGGCUAUUCCGCGGGAUCGGGGUACACUGGGCGACGGGGCGAUCUGCUGCUCUGCAUGUUUGAAUAUUUUCAAAAGCUCGGGAUUGAGUUACAUCUGAACGCCAAUGUGAAGGACUUUUUUGAGACCGACGACUCAGCCGGGGUGGUCGUUAACGGCCAGCGGUGGGAGGCAGACGCUGUGAUCUGUGCAGAUGGGGUUCAUUCCGCCGGGCGUCAUUUUGUGCUGGGGAAGGAAGACCUUCCCCGGCCUAGUGGGUAUGCCAUCUAUCGCGCCUGGUUUGUUCCAGAGCCGUCGCUGCGGGAAAACCCAGCAACAUCCUGGAUCCCACUUCUCGGUGAUGAGGACACGGUCAUGAACUUCAUUGGUGCCAACGUGCACACUCUCAUUGCAACGGUCAAGCGCAAUACGGGCAUUACGUGGGUUCUCACACAUCCCGACGAGUGCGAUAUCGAAGAGUCAUGGACCCACCCUGCCAAGCUGGAGGAUGCUCUCCAGGUGGUCGAAGGUUGGGAUCCAAGAAUAGCGGAGGUUUACAAAAUCACGCCCCCCGAUCAGUUGUUCGACCACAAAAUCAUUUACCGAGAUCCUCUUCCCACCUGGGUCUCCUCCAAGGGCCGUGUAAUUCUGAUCGGAGAUGCCGCGCAUUCAUAUGUCCCCACAUCUGCCCAGGGAGCAACCCAAGCUGUGGAAGAUGCGGCCACGAUAGCAAUUGUGUUGGAGCUCGCUGGUAAGUCGCAGGUGCCACUCGCUUUGCAUACUAUGGAGAAAAUGAGAUAUGAGCGGUGCCGGAUUGGGCAGUUGAUGGGUCUAGAAACUCGCGAUAUGUGGGUCAAAACCGAUUGGGAUGCCGUGAGGAAAGACCCGCAGCUUCUGGCUCAACCUCGCCCGAACUGGUUGCUCAACCAUGACCCCCAAACCUACGCAUACGAAGAGUUUGAAACCGCAGCCAAUUCGGUUCUUACUGGAUGCGCGUAUACGCCAAGGAACAUACCGUGCGAAGGUUCCAACCACCGUGCAACGGACUUUGAGGACGAGAAAUGGGCUACUGAGCCCAAGGAAAGCUCAGAGAUUGGCGUCAAGCUGUAA